AUGGAACGCAUGAUACGGGAGAAAAUACUUCAAGUGCACAGCGACGUGCAAGAGCCCCUCCACCUCCGCGUUCCGGCAACAGUGCUCGACAAUCCUGUGUUAACGCUGUACCCUUUUGACCACCUCGCAAUGAAACACGGCUGGCUUCGUCAGGUGACAUUGGGGACGCUCGAGCUCCUGCGACAAAUAGAAAGCAUCCACCGGAUUCACAUGAAGGCAGCGGGCUUAUUGAGCGAGUUCUUGGGGACAUUGGGGUCUGAUUUUCAACAAUUACCAAUUUGUGCAAAGAGUUGGAAGACAAUGAGCAAGGCUUCCAAGGAGCAUGCGUAUGACCAGGUUAAGGAAAACCUCAAGCGUAAGCCAGCAGGAAUAGAGGCAAAUCACUGGAAAAAGUUUCUUCAAUAUCGAUUGGACGAUGACACGAAGGAUAAGUGUAGAAAAAAUGCCGUUAAUCGUUCAAAGCAACAAUACACACAUACCGGAGGUUCUAAAACGAUGGCAAGAAAGAGACACGAAGAAGAGCAACGAUUGGGAAUGCCUAUUGGGAGAGGAGAGGGAUGGACCAUGAGUCAUAAAAAAAGGAAUGGAAAGUAUAUGAAUGAACAAGCGCGUUUGGUUGGGGAAGCAAUUGAACUUGUUGAGAGCCAAGACCCCUCUAGCAAGGAAUUUUCACAGAAUGAUUCCCUUGCACAAGUGCUUGGAAAGGAGCACCCAGGAAGAGUUCGUGGACUCGGUAUUGGUACAUGUCCGAGUCGGUGUUUUCGUAACAUUCCAGAGCAGUCGGACUACGGUGUACAGAUUGAGGAGUAUCAGAUGGAGAUUGUGAAACUCAAGGCGGAGGCAGCAGAACUCAGGGCAGCAGCAGCAGCAGCAGAGGCAAAGAGACAGAGAAUGGAGACAGAGGCAGCUGAAGGGAAGGCAAAAAUACAGACAAUGGGAGAUUUGUUGACAUACGUAAUCCAGCAACAAGGAGGUAAUUUGCCACCUGAAAUAGCUGCGGGUUUGGAUUAUUUGAGAAGUGCACCAACCUCAUCCCAUGCAAGAUGA